ACAGCCCAUUUUCUUUAGGCAUUUGAGAAUUGUCGGGGCUCGGGUCAGCAGGGAAACCUAAAGGUUUCUACUGACUUUAAUACGGACACCCGGUAAUUUCUGAGUUCAGACAGCAACACAACAGGAUACAUCAACAUGGUGGUUGUAGCAGCUGGGGCUGGAGGAGCCCACAAAGUCCUUCUCAUAUCAGGGAAGCAAUCCGGCUCACAGACGGCCCUCAGCCGGCCCAUCUCUGUCGUUUUACCGUCAACGGCCAGCCAAGUGUCGUCGGAUUCAGACUCCAACACUUCUGCAGGGCCGCCGGUGCGAAAAAGACAGAGACUCACACAUUUGAGUCCUGAAGAGAAAGCGCUUCGCAGGAAACUCAAGAACAGAGUGGCAGCUCAGACAGCCAGAGACAGAAAAAAGGCAAAAAUGGGGGAGCUGGAGCAACAAGUCCUAGAGUUGGAGCUGGAGAAUCAGAAACUUCACAUUGAAAACAGGCUACUCCGGGAAAAAACAAAUGGCCUGCUCACAGAAAAUGAGGAACUGAGACAAAGACUUGGAUUGGACACUCUUGACUCGAAAGAGAAGGUUCAGGUUAUGUUGUCCACCGGGAACGAUGCAGAUUUGGGGAUCGGGUCUUCUGAGUCCGCAGCACUCAGGCUAUGUGUGCCUCCGCAGCAGGUGCAGGCCCAGCAGUCCCUAAAUCUGAAGACUUCCCAAUGGAUACAGAUAGUCCUGACUCUUCAGACAAUGAGUCUGAUUUGCUGCUGGGCAUUCUGGACAUCCUUGACCCAGAGUUAUUUCUCAAGUCUUGUGAACCAGACUGCCAGGAGCCGCAGGUCCUGUUGCUCGGAGGGGGUGAGCCAGUACCUACCACCCCAUCUCCAACUGUGGGGCCCACAUCAGUUAAGCUGGAGACCCUUAAUGAACUGAUUCACUUUGACCACAUCUAUACAAAGCCCGUGGAGGAAGUGAGUAGUGGGCAGCACACCGACUUGGAGAGCGGCACAAAUGAGAAGAAUGAC